UUUAGAGAGAAGAUGGCGGCGGUUGUGAGGGGCAUCGGGGGCGGGUUGGGUCGCAGCCUGCGGGAGCUUCGCAUCCAUCUGUGCCAGCGCUCCCCGGGCAGCCGCGGCGUCAGAGACUUCAUCGAGCAGCACUAUGUGACCCUGAAGAAGGCAAAUCCCGACUUCCCCAUCCUGAUCCGCGAGUGCUCCGGUGUCCAGCCCAAGCUCUGGGCUCGGUACGAGUUUGGCAAGGAGAAGAGCGUGCCGCUGAACAACCUUACCGUGGAUGAAGUGGCCAAGGUCUUGGAGAACAUUGUGAAAAGCAAGGUGUGAAGACAGACAGUAAAUAUGUGUGCGCUGGAGACUUGACUGAUGAUCUUUAAUGUAAAACAUGUAUCUUUUAAUUUAUCAAUCACAUAAAUGCAAUGUGCUUA